CGGAGGCCGUCAUGGCGCCGUCGCAGCAGUCUCGGGUCCUGCGAUGCUGCAGCUGCCGCCUCUUCCAGGCGCACCAGGUGAAAAAAAGUCUCAAAUGGACAUGCAAGGCUUGUGGAGAGAAGCAGUCCCUUUUGAAGGUUUAUGGUGAGGGUUCUGGUGCUGACUGUAGACGCCAUGUCCAAAAAUUAAAUCUGCUACAGGGACAGGUUUCAGAGCUGUCACUCAGGUCUGUGGAAGCAGCUGUAACUGCUGGCAAAGAAGAAAAUGCAGGUGGGCAGCAGGCUGAGGAUGGGAUCCCACAGGUAGGCCUGCAGGAAAAAUCCCAGCCCUUGGAGAACCGCUGGCUGAAGUAUCUAGACAAGGGCAGCCCAGAGCAGGAGCCAGAAGGAGUAUGUUUCCACACACAGCCCUCAUCCAACCCAGAGCAUCUAGGCCCUCCCUUCAAUCAAGCCCUGCCCAGAAAAAGGAAAUGGAGCCAGAGCACAGACCACCCUCCUCAGAGCUUUGUUGUCCAGGAUUCAGAUGAUGCUGAAGUCACCUUGGAAUCCCAGGAGGGAUAUACUGGCCUGACCAGGACCGGGGAGCGAGGCAGCAACCACUGCCUCCAGAACUCUGUGCACUGCAACACCAGGGAGCUUAGUUUUCCUCGGUGGAAACUACCAAGUCCUGCGCCACAGGUUCAGGCCCCAUCUUCUAAAUGGGCACGGUUUCUCCUUUCACCUGGGAACAGCUCACUUGUGGACACAGAAGUGCCAAGACCAUUGCACAGUGGCUCUGGGUCAGCCAGCCCAACACAGGCUGAACCAGGUACCCCUAGGACUGAGACUCCAAGGGAAGGCAAUCCCAGCAGGCUCACCACCACCAUCCAGUUUCCUCAGGCCACAUACACUCCCAUGUCCAGACCUAGGCCUUGCAGGAAUUCCCCUCAGCAGUCAUGGAGCACAGGGACUCCUCUGGUCCAGGGGGUAGAGAGGGCCCCACCUGUGCAACUAUGUAGUCUCUUUACAACAGGGGAAGACUUUGAUGAUGAUCUGUAAACUGAGAUGAUCAUAACUGUAGUAUUUAGAGUCAUGUGUUACAUGUGCCCAUUUCCUCUACUAUGCCACAGAAACAGAAUUCCUGAGGUGCUUUUAAAGGAGUGUAAUCUGAGAACAACCAAGAGUAGACAAUAAACAUUACUGUAAAACAGGUAUUUCUCUCAUCAGCAA